UGCCUGCAGAAACGUCUGAUGGAAGUGACGGAGCAGGAGCCUCAGAGUCGGAAAGAGGAACCUGUACCUGAGGUAGGAGGAGAAGGAGAGGGAGAGUUACCGGGUUCAGGAACCCCUACCCCCAGAGACAUGAUGGAGAGCCCGGUGAAGGAGCCUGUUGUGCUACAUCUGUACCCCACCACAGAGUAUGGGGAUCAGUAUGGGGACAAGAUGCCGUUCCACCAUGUGACGGCAGGGCUGCUGUACAAGGGGAACUAUCUGAGUCACUCUCUGUCUGAGGACAACGACUGUGACCAGCUGGCCAGCAUCUCUGAGGAGGAGCUAAACGAGAUCCGGGAGGCAUUCAGGGUGUUGGACCGGGAUGGGAACGGGUUCAUCUCCAAGCAGGAGCUGGGCAUGGCCAUGAGGUCUCUGGGAUACAUGCCCAGUGAGGUGGAGCUGGCCAUCAUCAUGCAGAGACUAGACAUGGAUGGAGACGGGCAGGUAGACUUCGAUGAGUUCAUGACGAUCCUGGGACCCAAGCUCCUGUCUUCUGAAACCAGGGAGGGCUUCCUGGGGAGCACAAUAGACAGUAUAUUCUGGCAGUUUGACAUGCAGCGCAUCACCCUUGAGGAGCUGAAACACAUCCUGUUCCACGCCUUCAGAGACCAUCUGACCAUGAAGGACAUCGAGAACAUCAUCAUCAACGAGGAGGAGAGCCUCAACGAGAACUCGGGAUACUGUCAGGCAGACUUUGAAGGAAUCCAUUCUAAAAAUAAGAACCGGCAGACGUGUGUAAGGAAGAGUCUGAUCUGCGCCUUUGCCAUGGCCUUCAUCAUCAGCGUCAUGCUCAUCGCGGCCAAUCAGAUGCUGCGGAACGGCCUGGAGUAGCCACACCCAGCCACGCCCACUGUGAGCGGGAAAAACUAACCUGCAUGUGCAUGAUGAAAGUGGGUGAGGUCAUUUCCUGUUUCUUUAGAAAGAAAAAAAAAAACGACUUCAAAAAUGCCUCACUGAUGGUGACAAAAAAAACAGAAAACACUGAAUGAUAAACCAUCAGAUUUUUCUGAGUGGAUGAUAGUCUGACGUCCACCGACACUGAGAAGCCAGCAUGAGGAGUCCAGCGAGACCCCUCAUAACCCCAUUACUCUGGCAGGGACAUUCAAGGGCUGUCUUUCGCUUACUCUGCUGUCUCUGUUCCCUAAUGCAAUAAAGACACAAGUACAGGAGUUCAGUACUCUUCCUCUCCUCCCUACCCAGAGUCUUCAUAUGAAGGUACCUUGGAAUUCAAUUUGAACUUCUUGCCUCAGAAGGCCGAAUCAUGGUGGAUUGAGACAUGCCCUCAGUGUAUUUGUACAAGGCAGCAUCCUUGUGGAUUGAGACAUACCCUCAAUUGGAUCUGUGUGAGAGAGAAUGGAGCUGUGCCUCCUGCAGUGCAGAGAGCCUGAUUAGUUACAGGGCACACCGCUGCAGUCUGGCUACGCACAUGCACUCUUACGCACGCAUCUACGCAUGUACUUCCACACACACACACAAUAAUUGGCCUGUUAUUCUAGAUUCCUGAGGGCGGGUGGAAGCCAGCUCACCGCUGGAGCAUACAGUAAAGCUCUGGAUGCGACAGGCAUGAUGGUGCCGUCUGCUGUAAGGCUGUUGUUUAAGCUCUUCUAGAAGCUUUCAUCCAGAGUUCCGGAGUGAAAUCAGUGGGUAUUCCUCUGCCCAAAUUCCUCACUGUUACUGUAUCUGUGUACAUUCCCAGUGCUAAACAGAACAGUGUUUGAAAGACCAUAGCUGUGAAAAGUCUGGGCUGUACUGUUCCUAUGAUCUAAUUCCUCUUGAGGUAGGUAUGCCUGAACUCCUGUAUUGUAUUGAAUCUCAUGGUAAUAUAUAAACCACCUACAGUUUUGCUGAAGACUGCUUGUAAUAGCUACAGUACUGCAUGUGAUCAUGUCUACGUCGAUAUGUAAAUAUGUAUGUAACCCAUGUUGUUGUUGUCUACGUGUAUAGGGUGACGGUGUUCUACUCUGUAUGUGCAUGAUUGUUGGUACACUCUACUCCCGAUUUAGAGGUGGAGGGAAGGAGAGAGCACUGUGAAACCAGAGGCUGCUGCCUUCCAAAUCACAAUACACAGGCAGGCAGACAGACAGACACAAAGCUCUCUAUGUUCCCCUCACCCUCUGGCCAAAGCCAUAGAACUCAAUAGAGAUGUACUGACUGAAGAACACUAAAUGGUUGUUGUUGUUUUCCGUUACAAAUGUGUAUUUUCAGUAGGAACAGUCCAUCCUUUGUGCAUGUUGUUGGGUUCCUUCACCCACCCUUUUGCGCUGUACAAUCAUUUCCACCUAUCCCCAUGAGCAGAACGGAGAGUAGAAUCACAGACUGGUGUAAGAGCCCCAUCUAGAGGUUGGCUCAAAAAUUCUGAUAUUUUUUGUAACACAGUGUGCUCCCCUAGCUCUGGUCCAAAUGCAGCCUGUAAACAUUGGUAAAAACAGUGUGCAGGUGAGGUUGGAAGGCCAAAAGGGCUUAUAUGAAAACCACACCACAAAUAUAAGUACAAAAAUAUAAGUUUGUUCAAUCAGUUAAACAAAGCAUAUUAAUUAUGAUUGUACAUGAUCAACUCAGUAUACAAGAAAAUCCAUGUGUGUGUGUGUGUGUGUGUGUGUGUGUGUGUGUGUGUGUGUGUGUGUGUGUGAGAGAAAGAGAGUGAGGCUACUUAGAGGGGAUUAUUGGAUAGUUUGGUUCAUCAGGCUGACCCCCAGUCUUCGCUUGAAGUUGAUGAGGUUUUGGCAAUGUGAAGAUAAGAAUUCCAGAGUAUAGUACCUCUGUAUCUGAUAGAGAAUUUACUAUGUGGGGAGGGUGGAAUAUUAUUAUUGUAGUGGCUUGUGUUAAAUAGAUGGAUUUCAGAAUUACCUGGAAGAAUCCAUUGAAGGGUUUAGGUAAACUUUCUGGGAGGUAUGAGUAUUUGAAGAUGAAAGUGCAUAAUUGGCGUACAUUAAUGUCGUAAAUAGACAAGAUAUUGAGUUUCUUAAACAAAGGUGCAGAUGGAGUCAGAUAAUUAGAGGAUGUGGCUAGUCUUGCAAAAUCUAUUUGUAUGAUGAGUCAUUUGUGUAGGUAGGAGGCAUCAGGUGCAUUCGGAAAGUAUUCAGACCCUUUAACUUUUUUCACAUUUUGUUACGUUACAGACUUAUUCUAAAAUUGAUUAAAUUGUUUUUGUUUUUUCCUCAUCACUAUACACACAACCCCAUAAUGACAAAGCAAAAACAUGUAUUUUUUAUUUUUGCAAAUGUAUUAAAAUCAUUUACAUAAGUAUUCAGACCCUUUACUUAGUACUUUGUUGAAGCACCUUUAGCAGCGAUUACAGCCUCGAGUAUUCUUGGGUUUGACGCUAAAAGCUUGGCACACCUGUAUUUGGAGAGUUUCUCCCAUUCUUCUCUGCAGACCCUCUCUGUCAGGUUGGAUGGGGAGCGUCGCUGCACAUCUAUUUUCAGGUCUCUCCAGAGAUGUUCGAUCGGGUUCAAGUCCGGGCUCUGGCUGGGCCACUCAAGGACAUUCAAUGACUCGUCCCCAAGCCACUCCUGCGUUGUCUUGGCUGUGUUCUUAGGGUCAUUGUCCUGUUGGAAGGUGAACCUUCACCCCAGUCUGAGGUCCUGAGCACACUGGAGCAGGUUUUCUUCAAGGAUCU